GCAAAUAUUGUUGUAACGUAAAAGGGAGAACAAUAAUACCGGGAAAAUGAAUACAUAUGAACUGUAAAUCCAAAUAAUAACGAUUUGUAAUUCUUUAAAAGUUGACUAGUAACAACUAACGUACAAUUCGCGAGUUUACCCGACCCAUCCGUUUUACUGGCUUGCUAGCUAACGUUAUGCUAAGUUAGCUAGCUAACCUGCAACAACACGCCGCCGUUGUGGGAAGAAAAACAAGCUCAGCGGGCAUUCGUUGGUUAUUUUUUGGUGGCUGUGUGAUCACUGGCAGAGAUCAAUACACCAGCUUGGAGAAUCUGCAGAGGAUUUGCUACUUCGUAUUGUGACACAUUUUCGUCAGAGACACAUCUGACGCCUUUCACCAACAGUCAGAGCUCCCCUUUCCCCCUAUUCCCCCUGUGACCCCACCCUGACACCCCAGCAUGAACGACAUCAGUGUGGUCAGAGAGGGCUGGCUCCAUAAGAGGGGAGAGUACAUUAAGACGUGGAGGCCGCGGUACUUCAUCCUGAAGAGUGAUGGCUCCUUCAUCGGCUACAAGGAGAAGCCAGAGAUGUCGUCCGACCACAGCCUCCCACCCCUCAACAACUUCUCUGUGGCAGAGUGCCAGCUGAUGAAGACAGAACGGCCCAGGUCCAACACGUUUGUCAUCCGCUGCCUACAAUGGACCACAGUCAUAGAGCGCACCUUCCACGUGGAGAGUAACGAGGAAAGGGAGGAAUGGAUGCGGGCGAUCCAAGCGGUGGCCAACGGCCUGAAGACGCGAGAGGAAGAGGCGCCCAUGGACAUCACGUUUGGCUCCCCCAGCGACUGCAGCGGAAUGGAGGAGAUGGAGGUGGCCAUGUCCAAGUCCCGCAACAAAGUGACCAUGAGUGACUUUGACUACCUGAAGCUGCUGGGGAAGGGGACAUUUGGUAAGGUGAUCCUGGUAAAGGAGAAGGCCACAGGGAUGUACUACGCCAUGAAGAUCCUGAGGAAAGAAGUCAUCAUCGCUAAGGAUGAGGUAGCACACACGGUAACAGAAAGCAGAGUCCUUCAGAAUACGAGGCAUCCCUUCUUAACGACACUGAAAUAUGCAUUUCAAACACAUGACCGGCUAUGCUUUGUGAUGGAGUAUGCAAACGGAGGAGAGCUGUUCUUUCACUUGUCGCGGGACCGCGUGUUCACAGAAGACCGGGCACGGUUCUACGGUGCAGAGAUUGUAUCUGCGCUGGAGUACCUCCACUCACAGGACGUUGUCUACAGAGACCUUAAGCUGGAGAACUUAAUGCUGGAUAAAGAUGGACACAUAAAGAUCACAGAUUUUGGACUGUGUAAAGAGGGAAUCACAGACGGGGCUACCAUGAAGACCUUUUGUGGUACUCCAGAAUACCUUGCACCUGAGGUAUUAGAGGACAAUGACUAUGGCCGAGCGGUGGACUGGUGGGGUCUGGGUGUGGUUAUGUACGAGAUGAUGUGCGGUCGACUACCCUUCUACAACCAGGACCAUGAGCGGUUGUUUGAGCUCAUUCUCAUGGAGGAGAUCCGCUUUCCCAAGAACCUGGCCCCCGAGGCCAAGGCCCUGCUUGCUGGCCUGCUCAAAAAGGACCCCAAGCAGAGGCUUGGAGGUGGACAAGAAGAUGCCAAAGACGUGAUGACACACAAGUUCUUCACCACCAUCAACUGGCAGGACGUGGUAGAGAGGAAGCUCUUGCCUCCCUUCAAGCCCCAGGUGACGUCGGAGACGGACACGCGCUACUUUGACGAUGAGUUCACGGCACAGACCAUCACCGUAACGCCCCCGGACAAGUACGACAGCUUAGACGCAGAAGACCAGGACCAGCGAACACACUUCCCUCAGUUCUCUUACUCCGCCAGCAUACGGGAGUGACCUCUCUCUCUCACACACACACACUCACAUGAGCAGGCAGGCUAACACACGUUCACACACACUUGCACUGCUGGGGAAUUGGGAUGACACAAACACACACACAAACUGACACACUCUCAAACAAACACACACACAAACUGACACACUCUCAAAUAAACA